AUGUCUCAAUCAACUUCCACCCAGGAUCCUCAUGCCACCACCGCCGCCCAAGUCGCCGGACAGUCCGCCCCCAAUGCCACCCGCGCCACCGAACUCGCCGAUCUUAAAGUAAGCUUGCGCGGUGCUCUUCGUCAGUUCCCCAACUUCCCGCUGCCCGGAAUUCUCUUCGAAGACAUCCUCCCGAUCUUUGCCAACCCCACCACCCACGAGGCUCUCGUGCGCUGCCUCGAGCUCCACAUCCUCGAGAGCACCGGCAACCAGAAGCCCGAUGUCAUCGUUGGCUUGGAAGCCCGUGGCUUCUUGUUCGGCCCCAGCCUGGCUCUGAGAAUGGGCGCUGGCUUCGUCCCCGUCCGCAAGCAGGGCAAGCUCCCCGGUCCCUGCGAGACCCAAGGCUACCAGAAGGAGUACGGCGAGGACUUCUUCCAGAUGCAGUCUGACGCCAUCAAGCCUGGCCAGAAGGUCGUCGUGGUGGAUGACAUUAUUGCUACCGGUGGUUCGGCAUAUGCCGCUGGAGAACUGAUUAAGAAGAUGGGCGGUGAUCUCAUGGCUUUCGUUUUCAUCCUCGAACUCGAGUUCCUCAAGGGCCGGGAGAAGCUUUCCGCCCCCGUCCACACUCUUCUCACCGGCCAGGAAGAGAAGGUCCUCUGA